AUGUCAAAGAAUACUAAAAAGUCAUCAUCAUCAAAGAAAGCAGCCGACAAUGAAAAAGUACCAAAUGAAAUAUUAGAGAAUCAAAGAACUAGAGUUAGUGUAGGAAAUGCUGGUGUUGAAAAUACAAGAGGAGUUUAUUAUAGUGGAGCAUAUACAUCACUUGGAUAUGAUAAUAGUUUUAGUUUAGAGAGAUUUAAAAAGAACUUUCAGAUCAAGGUGUUGCAAGACAAACCAGAUCAUCUAGUCUUUGAAAUGAUUGGUGUCGAUGCACCCAUUGCCAACGCACUUCGUAGAAUAUUGAUUGCAGAGAUUCCAACCAUGGCCAUUGAAAAGGUUUUCAUCAUUAACAAUACCUCUAUACUUCAAGAUGAAGUAUUGGCUCAUCGUUUGGGUUUAAUUCCAAUUAAAGUUGAUCCAAGAAAAUUUAAUUUUAAACAAGCAAGUAAAGAAUAUACAGCAGAAGAUACAUUAAUAUUUAAAUUAAAUGUUAGAUGUUAUAAAGAUGAAAAUGGAGAGACUGUAAAUGGAACAGUUACAUCUGGACAAUUGAAAUGGGAACCAACAGAAGACCAAGAAUCAAUGUUUGGUGAAAACCCAGAAGAUUUCCCACGUCCAGUACACGACGAUAUUCCCAUUGUCAAGCUUCGUCCAGGUCAAACUGUCGACAUUCAAUUAUAUUGCGAAAAGAAUAUUGGUAGAGAACAUAUUAAAUGGUCACCUGUAGGUACUGCAUCCUAUCGUUUGAUGCCAGAUAUUACUGUCGAUUCAUCGAAAUUUGACAAGAAACAAGCCGAAAAAUUAAAGGCUACCUGUCCAAAGAAUGUUUUCGACAUUGAAGACUCUUAUCAAGUUAUUGCUGCUCGUCCACUCGAUUGUACGAUGUGUAGAGAAUGUAUUAGAGAUCCAGAAUUUGAAAAUGUUGUUAAAUUGGAAAGAAUUAGAGAUCAUUUUAUUUAUUCAAUUGAAUCACUUGGAGCAUUACCACCAAAAGUUUUAUUCCAAGAAGCAAUCAAGAUUUUAAUUGAGAAAUGUGAUGAUAUUGAAAACUCUUUAAAGGAAAUGAUGUAA